UCCGGAGUGUCGGAUCCAAACCGCUAAUCCAAGCAUGGAGAAAAAGGUUGUUGGAAGUACCUUAGCGUCAGAGCUCGACUGCUCAAUUUGCUUCAACAAGUACGAACCUUUCGUCAGGAAACCCAAGCUGCUGAGCUGCCAGCACUGUUUCUGCGCCAUCUGCCUGAAGAUCAUGGUGUCACUCAAGGACGGCUCCUGGGUUGUCUCCUGUCCGCUCUGCAGACGCUACACGCUGGUGGUGGACGCGCUGGUCAGCAACCUCCCAGACAACCUGAGCCUGAUGGAGGUCCUGCCCAGAAGGAUGUCCGCCUUCCCCGAAUCCGUGCCCGAGAUCCUGCUGUCUCCACACUUGCUGCUGCAGAGGCAGCCCAGCACCUUCACCUUGCUCGCCCACAUCAAUGACUCCGACCGCUCUGGGGACAAUGGAGAUGAACGCUUCAGGGAUAUGGUCACCGUAUCAGCCAUCAGGCGCUUCCUGGUGACCAUGAUCUUUUUCCUGAUCCUCUUGUAUGGACUUCAGUAUUUCUUCAAGAACACCACUCUGAUCUGGAUCUUGGUCGUCAUGACAGUGUUGUGUGCGUUGACUGGACUGAUUCUACUAUACUUCACUUGCCAGCACAGUAGAAGUGGGGAAUCCAGGAGAUUCUGGAACCCCCAGUCUGUUCUCUCUGGACACUGA